UUGAAGACAUUGUCAUUGGCCAAGACCUCACCCCUCCCCUCUCACCCCUCGCUUUCUGUCUCCACGACUCCUCUCUUCUCUCUCACUGCUCCGCCUGCUUCUCCCCCCUCCCAUCUCCUCCACCCCAUCCAAAUUCCCAUUUUACCCCCACUGAUACUUCACAUCACACCCCCACAAAACCCAAAACCCCACUCUAUUGUUCCCCACGAUGCUCCGCCUCCGACCACCCCCUACACAUCUCCGCCUCCGAACCCCACCUCCUCCAAUCAUAUUCCAGCGCAUUUCACCACUCACUAGAUGACACCUCAGAUCUCCGUCUCGCCCUCCGUUUACUCCAUCACUUCGAAAAACAUGGAUUCGUUCCCAAAAUCGACGACGGGUUGGAGAGAAUCGGCGGGCUGAUGAGUAAUCGCGAGAAAUUGAUGAGCAUUUCCGACGAUGAGGAAGAGAACGACAGCAUUUUGGAGAGGAUUACGGAAGGCGCGAAGGCGAUGAAGGUGGCCAGAAGGAUGAGAGACGGUGUCGUUUUGGAUUUGGGUUGUGAGCAGGAGGAGUAUUUUGCGGAAGAGGAGGUGGUGUUGUGUGUGGUGCUAACGAACGCCGUGGAGGUGCAGGGUAAGAAUGGGCGUUAUAUAGGAAUUGCGGUCUAUGAUACCAACUUCUCGUGGAUUAAUCAUAGCUGUUCUCCUAAUGCUUGUUUCCAGUUUUGCAUGCCGCCGUGGGCUGGUGGUGAGUCUCGGCUGCGGAUUUUUCCGGCCGCCAUGGCGGGCGGUGGUAAAAGUGAAUUGAAUGGUGAUAGUGUUUGUAAUUACAAACGUGAAAUGACAUCUAAAGAAUGUGAGAGGCAUGGUCCGAGACUUGUAGUUCGGAGUAUUAAAACCAUUAAGAAGGGGGAGGUGGUAUCAAUUGCAUACACUGAUUUGUUACAUCCUAAGGUGAUGAGGCAUUCAGAGUUAUGGUUCAAAUAUCGAUUCAUCUGUUACUGUAGGCGAUGUAGUGCGCUGCCCCCAAUGUAUGUGGAUCGUGUGCUGAAAGAAAUUUUUGCUGUCAAUCUCGAUUGUACCAACUUGUGCUCUGACCACAACUUUUAUAGAGAGGAGGCAGUCAAGAUGUUCACAGAAUGCAUAGAUGAUACUAUAACCGAAUAUCUGUCAUUUGGUAAUCCUAGAUCUUGCUGUGAGCGGCUUGAGAACAUGCUAACUCAUGGACUUCUUGAUGAGCAGUUAGAACCAAAAAAAGAGACAUCUCAAUAUAAAUUUAAGUUGCAUCCCCUUCACUAUCUCUCGUUGAAUGCCUACACCACGCUGGCUUCUGCAUAUAAAAUCCGUGGGAGUGAUUUAUUGGCUCUCAAUCCUGAAAGCAAAGAACAUCAGGUGGAAGCUUUCUGUAUGAGCAGAAUCAGUGCAGCGUACUCUCUGUUACUUGCAGGAGCCACCCAAAAUCUAUUUCUCUUGGAGUCUUCUCUUGUUUCAUCUGUUGCAAAUUUCUGGACAAGUGCAGGGGAGUCCUUAUUAGAUCUUGCUAAAAGCUCUGUAUGGAGAUUGUCCAAUUGUGGACCUACUUCCGAAUAUCCAUACGUCUCAAAUUAUAAAUACUGUAAAUGUGCCCUUAUGGAUUUCUGGGAAGCCAAUUCCUGUAGCAAUCAAAUUCAGAAUUCGGAACUUGAUGAUAUAUCUAAGGAGUUUCUUUAUUGUGUUACAACUAUAACAGCAACAAUCUGGAGCUUUCUGAUUCAUGAGAACUGUUAUCUAAAACUUAUUGCGGAUCCCAUUGAUUUUAGAUGGCUUGAGGCUGCGAAGAAUUUUGAAACGUUUAAUUCUACAACUCAUUCAGGCAGCGCUGAAGGGGCGAGAAAUGUUUCUAGAUGUGAAGCACAGAGAUAUGGAGCAGACGCCAACCAAGAAAGGAUAAUUCUCUUUCGGCUUGGUGUCCAUUGCUUACUGUAUGGAGGGUAUUUAUCAAGCGUCUGUUAUGGCAACAAAUCUCAAUUGAAUAAUUACAUUCAGAAUCUUCUGCAUGGUGAAGGUAAUAUCAUUGAUGCAGAGUCCAUUACAUAAAUUGAGAUAUGAAACACACAAGUUGUUUGAAGUCUGCUGGUUGGAUUUGUUGGCGACUUGAAAUUUCUGGUUUACGUAUCAAAUACUAAACUGGUAAAUAACAAUUGCUGCACUUGAUCUUAGUCAAAAGGGAAACGUUUAAAGUUAGGAAUCAAACCUUUGCAUUGGGCUAGUGAGUUUCCCGGUGGCAAGAAGUCUUAUGCGAAUGUUUUCUUUCGGAUUAUAAUUUGUUACAAUAAAUAAUCAUAACCUUCUCUUCUCACAUCAGCAAACUGAACUGAUGGAUGGUUUUGUAAACCAAACAAGAGACUUUUGAAUGUUUCAACAUUUGUCUGCACACCUGUAAGUUCGUGGGUCCAACCAAUCUAUUUUUGUUUUACGGACGUGGCCAC